GACUCCGCACCCGCAGCUUUCCCGUAACGGGAUCGCCAUUUCUUACCGUUCACGUGACGACGGUGCCGUCCAGCCGGAGUGCCGGACCCAGUCCGCACCCACCGUCCAGUGGACCCCACGCCCCCACGCCUCCCCCCACACCCACCCCACCCCACCACCGCCCGCUGACCCCCUCCGCCUCCGGCGACCCGGACCCCGGCCGGAGGAAAUGGCGGCGUGGUGCCCCGCGGAGUCCACCAAGCCGGUCUUCGUCGGGAUCUACGGCGCCGUCCUCGGUGGCUUCGCCGUCUCCGCCCUCUUCUUCCUCCUCUCCUCCUCCUCCCUCUCCGCGCCACCGCUCCCAUUCCCCGCGGCCGCCACCUCCCCCGCCGCCGCCAACAUCUCCGCCAUCGCCCUCACCCCAGCCCAACCCGAGACCAUGUACAACCGCCCCAUCUGGAAGCCCCCGCCGCGGGGAGCCCGGAUGCCCCCACCACGCGCGUUCCGCCUCACCCGCGACAUGGUCCGCGCCCGCGCCCGCGACGGCGUCAUCGUCGUCACCUUCGGCAACCACGCCUUCCUCGACUUUAUCCUCACCUGGGCGCGCCACCUCACCGACCUCGGCGUCGACAACCUCCUCGUCGGCGCCAUGGACACCAAGCUGCUGCGGGAGCUCUACCUCCGGGGCGUGCCCGCCUUCGACAUGGGCAGCAGGAUGGCCACCGAGGACGCCGGGUGGGGCUCGCCCACGUUCCACAAGAUGGGCAGGGAGAAGGUGCUGCUCAUCAACGCGCUCCUGCCAUUCGGGUACGAGCUGCUUAUGUGCGACACAGACAUGGUGUGGCUCAAGAACCCAUUUCCCUACCUCGCCCGGUACCCCGACGCUGAUCUCCUCACGUCCAGCGACCAGGUCAUACCCACCGUCACCGACGACAGCCUGGAGAACUGGAGGGAAGUUACUGGUGCACUCAAUAUUGGUAUUUUCCAUUGGCGACCCACUGAACCAGCUAAAAAGCUGGCUGAAGAUUGGAAAGACCUAGUCUUAUCUGAUGAUAAGUUGUGGGACCAGAAUGCUUUUAAUGAACUUGUACACAAAGUUUUUGGACAGUCAGUUGAAGGAGAAGAUGAUCUUGUAUAUUCUUAUGAUGGGAAACUGAAGCUGGGAGUACUACCAGCAAGUAUAUUCUGCAAUGGCCAUACAUAUUUUGUGCAGGGCAUGCAUCAGCAGCUUCAUUUAGAACCAUAUGCUGUGCAUACGACUUUUCAGUAUGCGGGUACUGAAGGAAAGCGCCAUAGAUUACGUGAAGCAAUGCUUUUUGUUGAUCAGCCAUCAUAUUAUGACUCUCCAGGAGGUUUCCUAUCAUUUAAACCUAACAUUCCAAAAAGUUUGCUGUUAGAUGGUGCUCAUACUGUUGAAUCUCAUUUUGCAUUAGUUAAUUAUCAGUUGAAGCAAAUAAGAACUGCACUUGCGAUUGCGUCCUUGUUAAAGCGGACACUGGUAAUGCCUCCAUUAUGGUGCAGGCUUGACAGAAUGUGGUUUGGACAUCCUGGAGUUAUGGAAGGAACAAUGACCAGACAACCUUUUCUCUGCCCAAUGGAUCAUGUACUUCAGGUACAUGUUAUGCUGAACGACUUGCCCAAGGAAGAAUUUGGUCCACAUAUUGAUUUCAGAGAGUACUCCUUUUUUGAGAAUCCGUCAUUGCCGAAACAGGUGAAAGAGUCAUUACUUGAGGUUCAGCUCUGCGAUGAUCAUAGUUCCAGAUGCUCCACAGCUAAUGAAACCAAUAAACACAGAAUCCUUUUACCAAGGAAUAGCACAGAACAAAAGCUGUUGAAUGUCUUCUCAUCAUAUAAGAAUGUCAAAAUCAUACAGUUCUCAUCUAUGGUUGAUGCGUUCGGAGGUUUUGCUGAUGCAACUAUGCAGACGAAGUUCCGUAAUCGUGUGAAGAGGUAUGUGGGCCUAUGGUGCUGCGUGCAGUUCUGUGAAAUAGGGCACAUAUAUUAUGAUAUGUACUGGGAUGAGAAACCAGGGUGGAAGCCACGCCCCCCGGAGACUAGGGAACAGGACCAUCCGCCUUGGUCAUGACAUCAGAGGUACAAGAAAGAGACUAACUACAGGUUCACUCAUAUUACAAGAGCGGCGUGCUUCUUUCUGCUGGAAAUCCAUCGAGACUAUUCGGACCUACUUCUUGCCUUGAAGAAACGAAAUGGGGGUCAGUUUUUGAGUUCUACUUUUCUGUAGGUGAUUCACUUCUGGCAAAGCAGUUGCCCCUUGUUCUGUUCCUUGUUCCUAUGGAUGGUUUACAUCAGACUAAUCAUGGGCUCUGUCGAUAUUGGUUGAUGUAAAGUUUAGAUCGUGGUGUAAAACUGCUGUAUCGUUCAUAGUUCUUUGGUCAAGCAACCUGAUGAAUUCGACUGAAGCUAGCCUCAAUGAAAAACAACAAUCUCUAACUGGUCCAUGAUAUUUGGGCACGAAGCGGAGAUUUUUCCAUUAGGAUAAGUUCACUAUUUUUUUUUUUUUGUCAAAUAUUUGAGAUGAUUUGAACAGAAACUGAAUUUGUAUAGUUUUCCCCUUCCA